AUGCAAAAUUUGAAUCAUAAAAAAUCAAUAUUGAAUUUAUACAGAUAUACAUUGAAGAAUAUACAUAGAUUGAAUGAUAGAAUACUAGAAGAUGAUACUAGACAGGUGGUGAAUACGUUGUUUCGAAAGAAAAUAGUUGAUCCGAUCACUAUAUCUAAAUACUUAUAUGAUGGUAUGACAUUAAAUGAACUACUUCAAUCUAAACAAUAUGAUACAAUACGACAAAUGAUAAAUGAAAAGAAAGAAUACCUCAAAAACAUUCAAUUACAAAAAGAAUCAAAGAAACAAAACAAGGAACAAAUUGACAUCAAAAAAAUCAAUUUAUUAAGAGGUAAAACUAAAUCAUUAAAACUUUCAAGAAUAGAACAUCCAAAACCAGCUAAGAAAAGUCAAUGUAAAUACAUAGUUCAAAUGUAUAUAAAUAAACUAAUUGAAAAGAAUAAAAUACCCAAAAAUAUCAAAUUAGACAAAUUGUAUCUUGAAUCCAUCAUAAUACCCAAUUUACAAUUUGAAUUAAAUAAAUUAUACUAUAAUGAUUUAAUCAAUAGAUUCAAUAAAGGUCCAUUCCAAUCAGAUAUUAAAUUCACAUUCUCUGGAGUCUUACCAUUACCUUAUAUUAUGACACCUUCAAAAUUCAAAUAUGGAAGAAAAGCAUUAUAUCAACAUAUUCAAAAACAAAACUUAUUUAGAAGAUUACUAAAUAUUUGGGAAUCAAAAGAAGGUAAACGUCUAGAAAGUGAACAUAUCCUAAAAGAUGGUGGUUAUUCAGUAUUGAAAAGUUUUGGAUUUGGUGAUUCUCAAUUAAUUUAUCCACGAUAUCAUUAUGAAAAAUAUACUAUCGGUGAGGAAUUGAUGGAAUUAUUUGUUGACACAAGUUUAAAAAAGGGUAAAUUAAAGUUUGAGGAGUAUAAUUGGAGUGAGUAUUUACAAAUUUCAUCUGAUUGGAUUCAUGAAAAUUUUGAAAAUUUAAAAAUGUUUGAUAAUGUAACUGAAAAACAAAGAAAAUUUCAGAAUGAAAUGAAUAGGAAAUAUGAUAAGGAUUUGAUCAAGUUUAAGCAACUUCAGGAGUCCUUAAAGGAGUCUAAAAGUUUUAAAAAUCAAAUUGGAUUUGAUUUGGGGAGGGAGUUGAAUAGGUUUGGUUUCAAACUGUUUGAUUUAAAUGAUCCUGAUUUUGAUAUGAGUAAGAUUAAUCAAAAAUUGAACGCUAUAGCUGAUAAAUACUAG